CAGGGGUCCGCUCGUCAGGGGUCAUCUCGUCGAGGGGCGACUCGCCGCCGUGCACGUGCACGCUCCGCCAGAGCCGGGCUGACACUGUCUGUGAGUCUGGUGGAACACCUUCUUCGGGAGGCCGGCCAUACCUCGCGACUGAGCGAAACAGCGCCCAUCUUCCUGACCGCCAUCCUGGAGUUCAUGGUGCGCAGAGUGCUGGAGCUGGCAAUCAACGAGGCCCAACGCCGAGGUGCCGAGAUGUUCAUCACCCCGGAGCUGCUCGACUUCACUGUCUACAACAACACGCCCCUCAGCGAACUGUUCCAGUUCACCACCAUCCCUCAUGUGUCUCUGCCGGAACCUGGUCAUCGUCGUCGUAGCAGUCGUCGACGUCAGUGAUGGCGCCUACCUGCUCCUGGCUCGCUGGCUGGCUCUGGGUUUCUGAUGGACUUUCCGCCCCGUUUAUCCAUCGGGCAUCAGUUCAUCCUGCCCAGCAUUUCCCACGGCCAGCCCUGUUUGGCUGACAAGCCUCGCCCCUCUGUUGUGUUCUCAUUAAAGCAUUUGUUUGAGCAUCGCAUACAUUUGCUUCCCUGAAUUUUCCUUUGGGCUUGGGAUAGGGGUGGAGGUGGGUGUGAGCGUGGCAGUGGGGGCAGAAGAAGAGGUGGGCCUAGCUGAAGGAACACAGGGGUUGGGAGUGAUGGCUGGGGUUGCCAGGGACCCACAGCCUGGUUUCCCUAGUUUUCCUUUGGCCAUGAGGCAGGAGUGGAAGGUGGGGGAGCAGGGUAAACUGGGCCUAGUCGCAGGCCACAGUGGUGUUUGGAGUGCAGGGAUGGUGGGGGAGCUGCUGCUCCGGAGGGAGACGAGGAGAACCUGGGUAUGGAGGGGUACACAAAUUGGCCCUGAACCAGUGUGGACCAGCCUGAAUAACUGCAUCAGAAAGAUGGCCCUCUCGUAGGCAACCACAGGGCAGAGGAGCCCACGUCCAAAGGGGGACGUUCGAUUCAGGAUGCAGAUGUGGACAAGAACACUGACAUGUGGCAACUGGGUUCAUGGAGGAAUAUUAUUUAUUAUUAAUUUUUGGAUGGUCAGCAAGAUCUACCAGGAGGUUCGCCUGGCAAUGGAUGUGACUAUGUAACCUAGCCCGCCAGUGCCUGUACUGCCCCAGCAUCUGUGGCUUUGCCUGCCCUGGGUCGGUCAAGGGUUUGGACAUGAGGCUAUAUCCCCGACUCUAAGCUCAACCCCACACACAUACUGUUAUUUGCACACGGGUCAGACACUUGGCUUGCCCUGCCUCUGGAUAUGUGGCUAUUCCGGCCAUACCUAGAGUAUGUGUACUUGGCAGCUGGUUUCAUCCCAC